AUGAUUUUUGCUUGGCGUCUUUGUUGUUGGUUUAUACUCUUACGCUCAAUUUCGGAAGUUAGGACGCACAAUAAAGCAGGAGAAAUAUUACACUACAACCUUGCAAACGAUAUUGAAAAAGUGCAUUCGGUUCAAUUGAGAAGAUUUAAUAAGCGAAAUAUAGCACCAAAAUAUGACACUUCGAAAUCAUUGACAUAUACAAGAGGUCAAACGAAUACUUCAGCCUGUUUUUUUGAUAACUCGUGUGUAGAAGCUGUUUUCGGCGUUGAUAGUGUACAAGUAGGAGAUCUCGUGGUUAAACAGCAAGGGUUUGGUGACAUUACAAGUUUCAGUGGAUAUGUGCCAGAAGCGGACAAAUUUGAUUUUCAAAAAUACAAGGAAAACCAGGGUUUGUACGACCGAAAUACGUCACAAUCUGAAUUUAAUAAACUACUUAAAGCAAUGGUAGUAUACGGUGCCGGUUAUGAAACACCGUGGGUCAAUAAUUUGAAUAUAAAACGAAAACUGUUUGGUUAUUGGAUAGGACGUAUCAAAAUUGGUGAUAAAAUAGUUGGUGAAAAUUCAAUCGUUGGUAUCGAUACUGGUUCUGCUGCUAAUUUCGGAAGUGAAAUAGACAUUCAGCUAAUAAAUAAGUAUAUUGGUGCAAUAAUGCCAGAAAUCACACCAGAGGAGGAUGGAGUAAAUAAAAUAUUCAUAGAAACAAGAAUGAGUUUUGUUGAACAGUUUCCUGUCAGUGACUUCAAACCGAAAAUGCUACGGACAGUACUAGGUUUCUUGUCCGAACAGUAUCUUGAAGGGGCUUUUGAUGAUCUUUUGGUGGACUCAACUGCUGUGAAUGAAACGGUCUCAGAAUUUGAGAGUCUGUUUAUGGUUAAUCUAUCGACGUUGUUUGAUUGGGGAGAGAAAAAGCUACUAGAAGAAGAAAUUGACAAAGUUUGCGAAGUGAUUUUCAUGGUUGUGGGAAUGGAAGAAGAUCAUGGUAGUGGUAAUGAUGAUGUUGUUUUUGUUAAAGAAAAGCGUUCUGUUAAUCGAAGUAUCUUGGAUGGAGGUGAUCGUGGUAGUGGUGAUGAUGUAAUGUUUAUUGGCGAAUUUGGUGUUUGUAACAUACCUAUCCUAAAGGGUCGUUUGUCUAAAUUAGGCAGAUUACAUUGA